AUGGACGGCAAUGGGAGAUCGGCGGCGAGUCACAAGAAGCCUCUCGUCGCGGACAACGACCUGGUGGAGCUGCUGUGGCACAACGGGGGCGUCGUCGCGCAGCCGCAGACGCACCCGAGGCCGGCGCCCAGCGGCCUCGCCGGCGGUGGCGGGGAGACGGCCGCGUGGUUCGCGGACGACGUCGACGCGCUGGGGAACGACGUGUACGCGCAGCUCUGGAACAGCAUUGCGGUGGGCGCCGCCCCGGACGUCGCGUGCGCGGCGCUCCCGGGGCCCAGCUCCCACCCUCCCCCGCCGCCGCCGCCGCCGCCGAUGCCGAGCGGCAUCGCCUCCAGCUGGACCGGUGGCGACAUCGGCUCCACCUUCUGCGGCAGCAGCCUGGUCCCGGAGGUGCCGGCGGGGGGCAGGGAGGAAGCCAGCGCCGCACCGCCGUCGGAGGGGACGCGCGAGGCCAGCACGCGCGACGGCGGCGCCGGCACCUCGUCGUCCGGCGGGUCCGGGAGCAACUUCGGGGGCUCCGGCCUGCCGAGCGAGAGCGGCGGCCAUGCCCACAAGAGGAAGGGCAGGGGCAAAGACGACUCUGAUAGCCGCAGCGAGAGGAAAUUGCAGGAUGUGGAGUGUGAGGCCACUGAAGAGACCAAAUCGUCGAGGCGGCACGGGUCGAAGCGGAGGAGCAGGGCAGCUGAAGUUCAUAACCAGUCAGAGAGGAGACGAAGGGACCGGAUCAACGAAAAGAUGCGGUCACUGCAAGAACUCAUACCCCACUGCAACAAGGCUGACAAAGCAUCAAUAUUAGAUGAGGCGAUCGAGUACUUAAAGUCCCUCCAAAUGCAAGUUCAGAUUAUGUGGAUGACCACCGGGAUGGCGCCAAUGAUGUUUCCUGGUUCUCACCAGUUCAUGCCGCCGAUGGCCGUGGGCAUGAAUUCGGCAUGCAUGCCUGCGGCACAGGGUCUAAAUCAGAUGGCAAGAGUGCCAUACAUGAACCAUUCUUUGUCAAAUCACAUCCCUAUGAGCCCAUCUCCAGCAAUGAACCCUAUGUACAUUGCAAACCAGAUGCAAAACAUUCAGCUGAGGGAAGCAAGUAACCAUUUCCUUCACCUAGAUGGCGGGCAAGCAACGGCACCUCAGCUUUGGUUUCAAUUCUUUGCAGGUAGCAGGACCAUAUGCUUAUACACCACAAGUAGCACCGAAAAGCCAGAUACCGGAAGUGCCGGAUUGUACUGCUGUGCCAAUUUCUGGGCCCGGACAACCACCUGCACCUGA